GCGCGCACCAGAUGUCCCACGCGCACGCCGCCGAGCCCGACGCCUCGUCGCUCUUCCAGGCGCCUUUUAGGGUGACGGGCAACAGGGACCGUGUGAGCCAGCAGAUCCAGCACAAGCUAGGCGAUUACCACCUCGCCCAGUCGCUCAUCGACGACCCCAGCAAGUCGAUCGGCAUAUACGCCGAGCCGCAGAGCCCAGCGCCAUGUCCCCCGUCCCGCCGCGAGAGUGAGUUCAAGAAGCCGUCGCACGCGCCGCAAAAUGGCCGCAUCCACCACCGCCCCUAUAACUACAACAAGACCGAGGCUCCCGGCUCGACGGCUGCGCCGUCGCACCGACCGCCGCAUCUUAAGAUACAGAACGGAUUCCAAACACAGAACGCAAUAGACAGCAGUCAACCUCCAAUAGAAAGUAUACUGAAGGAAAUGAAGUCAUUGCCAACCCCUGUGUCCGUCAUAGCAGCAACGCCUCGCAAAGAACUUGAGAACAAGUUUAUUUUUAACCCCUACACGAAUAAGGUGCAGGAAAACCCUCAAAUAACCAAUAACGAUCUCAAAACGCCUCUUCCAAAACCCGGUUUAGACAACCGGAUAUCAAACUCCAGGAAUUCCGUAUCACCUGAUGUGGUGAACAAGGACCUCGGGUUGUCAGAAAGCGACGAUGAAGUCACAGCCACCACCACUACGUUAGCGCCUCUCAUUUCCCCAAUGGUCUCCGCGAGUCCGAGCUCCGGUAGUUCCUCUCCCUCCGACUCCGAGAGCGAGUCUUCCUCAGCGGAGUCCACGGCUGCGCCCGCGCCGGCCGCGCCCGCCCCAGCGCCGCCGCCCGCCCAGCGCUCGUCGUGGAGCCUGUCCAACUUUGCGCCGCCGCCCGCCCAGCCGCCCGACCAGGCCUACGAGUCGAAGGAGCUGAGGCAUGCGCUCGCCGACGUCAAAGGAAAGCCGAGUCCGUUCCUUGCCGCCGCCCGCCCACCGAUCGUCGUGGAGCCUGUCCAGCCGCCCGACCAGGCCUACGAGUCGAAGGAGCUGAGGCAUGCGCUUGCCGACGUCAAAGGAAAGCUGGUGAGUGAUACAGUCAAGGCAGCUCCUCCCUAG